AUGGAUCAGGGAACCACCUUGCGAAAUUUUGCCAAGACGGUGGUGAAUCUUAGCAGUGGUUUACUCUUAGCUAGGCUUCCGAUUCCGAGAAUUCGGAAUGUCGGAUGUGUCGAUCUCCUUCUCAGCUUGGGAGACCCUGCCGGAGGACGAACCUCCGUUGUGCAUCGCAGUUCGAUGCGCUUUGGUACGACACAUUUUUGUGCGGCAUGUCAUGACGAUUUCCAGCGUUUAGUCUGCCUACCACGGAAUCAAUUUCCACCGUGUCCGGCAGGACCUCGUGCUACACCUGCUGAAGGUCCAUGCCCUCUGCGGCAGCCGCAUCCACCUCCUGGAGAAGAGUUCGCUCUUGGAUGCGGAAUAUGUCGCAACAUUAGCACGUUCUAG